CGCGAAAAACGCGUUUCGAGCUGGUUCUCCCAGCCUUUCUGCGCUUGUCCUUCUUUCGAGCGCGGAACUCGAAAACUCUAGCGAGUUCCGCCGCCGUUGACGCCUGAGGGCACAGCGCACAGAGCGAGGACCCCCGGGUGUAUGUACACUCGCUGUUUGGCGGGCAACGUGGUUUGCUCGUGAAUUUCCAGCGGUUUUCGUCGAUCCUUUCUGGCCUCGGGCGUUCCUUCGUUUCUCUGAAGAUUCACACUGCUGUAGAGCUUCUUUCUGCUUCUUUCCUUUCGCCGAACGACCCUGUUAGCUCGAGCCUCGAGCGUUUCGCACGGUGGCCGGCUACGUCUCGCUUCCGAGGUCUGCCCAAGCGUCGUCGCUCUCUCCUUCUUCUGUAUGUUUCUCUCCUCGCGUUCCCCGCUUGCGUCUCCGCGGUCCGUCCCCCUUCUUGGACGCCCAGGCGUCUUCGAUCUCCUCACCUGGGCUCGCGUUCUUUUUUUUUGGUAACGCUUGGCUGCCGCGUGGACAGAGAGCGGUGUCCUGUCUCGCACAACGACCUGCAACAGGUCGCUCUUUUUCAACUACUAGUUUCCGAGUAACUCCUCGCUCUUCGCAACUGCUUUCCUUCGCGCUCGCUUCUGUCAGAGUGCCCAGCUUCUCUCUCUUCCCCUGCCUCGUCGUCGUUCUCUCCCUGUUGUCUCCUGUGCUUCUUCGUCUUCUUUCUCUUCCUUCUUCUUCUCUUUGUCUUCUUCUGUCUCUUCGUCUGCUCCCAUUCGUUUUUCGUCCUCAAUCUCCUUGGUGGUUCUCCUUCCUCAGCGUCUCCGUCUCUCUUGGGAAACCCCCCUCCCCCACCCGCGCUGCGUCUUCCCUCCAGCGUCUGCGUCGUCUUCGCUCUCUUUUUCCUCGUUCUUAUUGUGUCGUUCUUUCACCGCACAUGCAGCGAGGAUGCUCGCCGCCGAACUGGCCGAUGGAGGCGAGGAGGAAGAUGUUCCGACGCUGCAGCGCGUCUGCCAGCUGGCGAACAGCUCAGUCCCCGUCCAGCGGGUGUUGAGCGUCUCGCUGUUGGUGGAUUUCCUGGCCGACUCAGUGGCUGCGGCGACGGUGCCUCGCGGCCUCCUCCAGCCGCUUCUCUACGGCCUCGCCUCUCUUCCGCCUCCCGCGCCUCCGCCGUCCCGCCACCCUGUCAGUCCCAGACAAGACGCGCCUCCCACCGCAAGCCUCCCCGGCUCCAGCGCCGCAUGCAACGCCUGCAGCGCCGGCCCGGCGGCUUCGGGUGUAGGCACACCCGAGCUGGCGCAGAGCGCAGCGGCUCCCGAGGCGAAGGCAGUGUCAGGAGCUGCUGGCUCGGCGUCUACGCGCUCGUUUUCUUUCCUUUUUUCUGGAGUCGGCUUGGGUGGUGCUUUUCCCUUUCGAUUCGGCGAGCCUUCCGGAAAGAAGGAAAAAGCCGAAAGUCAAACUGCAGAAGCUGUGGCAGCCGUACGAAAGGCACUCUGCGCUCGCAGUGGAGAUAUCGCUGCGUGUCUCAUCCAGGCUGAUCCCGAGCAAGGGUACUCGUACGUACACCAAGACCUGCUUCCGCUGUACGAACAGCUUCUCCAGGCUGCAGACGACUGGGCCACCAAGGCCGCUGCCGCAGACGCCGUUCUCUUGCUGGCGACGCACCUGAGAGCGAAGGACAGGCUCGAGCGAGUUCUUCCGAUCGCUUUGCGGCUGUCGAAUUGUUUGGAGCAGCCGGAGCUGCGAAUUCUCGCCGUUGGAUUUCUUCAUCUUCUUUUUGACAUUUCUUCGUCGGUUGUCUCCUCGCACUUCCUCCUUCCUCAACUUCUCUUCCUCGCUGACGAAGAUCACGAACCUGCUGUUCGCCGCUGCGCUCUUCGUCACGUAGCCGUCAUUUCCUCUUCUCUCGACCCGGCUCUGUUCUCUGCUCGCGUCUUGCCUUCCUUCGAAAGACUGUGGAGAAGGAGAGCCUUCCAAGACCGAGGCGCAGACCCGUCGGUGCGCGCGGCGGCCGUAUGUUCUCUCUACGACAUUGCCAAGGCUUCGCGCCUCUCCGUUCGUCUUCGACUUCUCCUCCCUGCAGUGGAAGAAGUUCUUCGCGAUCCUUCCCCAGUCGUCCGCUUCGCUGCGCAGCAGCAGCUGGGCCGCUUCCUCUCCUCUGUCGGCGCAUGCGUUGACCCAGCGUACACGAAGGAAGCUUUGCGCGUCGAAGCUGAGGAGUGUCGAGACGCCAGACAGCAGCGGCGAGAGAAGAGGACAGACAACGAGUUUCCUCUCUCCCGCGAAAGCGCGCUUGUGGCCUCCAAGGAAGGAUCAGAAGGCGCGCAACAGAACUCUGAAGAAGAAUCGAGCGCCGCGUCUCCUUGUGUCCCUCCUGGAGCAUCGACCCAGGAAGAGGAGAGAAGAACGGACGGAGGGAAGCCAGCGGAGGAGAGUCCGCAGCCAGAGAGGAAACGAGUCUCCGAUGCGUCUUCCUCUCCGGCGCGUCUCCGGGCGCGUUGCGCCACAAUCGGACCUGAAGCUGCAGAGAGAGAUGCCCACAGCUCGUGCGGAGAGAAGAGAACGGGAGAAAAGAAAGACAGAGAAGCAAAGAGAGAUGGAGAGAGAGAAGACGGGAGACCAGAAAGGGAGAAAGAACGAGACGAAAACGAACGAGGAGAGAAGGCGAGAGAAGAGAAAGAGAAAGAAGAGGAAGCGAGAGAAGAGGAAGAGAGAGAAGAGAAGCUUCUCUCUCGAAUCGACCCAGAGGCAGUCUCCGCUUCCAUCGCGGCUCUGAUUAAACUUUUUGCGCAGCUGGCAACAGGCGACGCCACGCUGUUUGAUGAAGCAGAAGAGGCAGCCGAGUUGGUCGUAAAAGGGAAGGGAGAAAGCGAGAAGAGAACUUUCUUUUUUGGCGCCGUUUCGUCAGGGACCUACCCCACGGGAAGGCUCGACGACUCUGCGAGCCCAUCGGCUCUCAUCGCUUCCACGCUGGACCAGCAGGGAUCGCCGCCUGCGUCAUCGCCGGGAACGUGUGUUUGUCGCUGUUGUCGCCGUUCGACUCUGUCUACUUUCCAGAACUCUCCUUCGCUGUCUCCUUCUCUCUCGCCUUCGCUCUCAGCUUCUCUGUCGUCGCCACUCUCUCUCGCCUCCUCUCCCCACACCCUUCUCUCGCACUUCUCUCUGGCGCAGGCGAGCUCGGCUGCAGGCGGAUCUCCCUCAGCGCCCUCCUCUCUCUUCUUCUCUUCUUCUGCGUCUUCGCUGUCUGUCCCCGCUUCGUCUUUCUCGUCUGCAGGGUGGGGAGAACCUGCGACGCACUCUGCCGCUUGCUGCGCUUUCGCCUUCGCUGCCGUCGCGACAGCCGCAGGGCCGCGCGGGUGGCCGCUCCUCAGCGACGCCUUUCGCAUCCUCGUCAGACACCACUGCAAGCAUGUGCGCAAGUCCAUCGCUGCAUCGUUCCACCUCCUCGUCGCUGUGGCGCUCUCCUCGGCUUCUUCUCUCGGUCCUUCCUCUUCUCCCUCAUCUCCUGCAAGUUCUCCCCUUUCUCCCGCCCGACCUUCUUCUCUCCCUCCUUCUCUGUCUUCUUCUCUUUCUUCUUCUCGUCCGCGCUUGUUGCGCGAGCGUGCCUUUUGCGUGAGGCCCGGCGCAGACGGCGAGUCGCUCUUGGGAGAGGAGAGCGAAGGAAAGGAAAGUGAACGAGGCUGCGAGAGAAGCGUUUCUGGAGAGAGAAAGGAAGACGCAGACAGGGAACGCUUUUUCCUCGUUGCUCUCGAGUCUCUGCUUCUCGACAGCGACGUCGGCAUACAGAUGGCUGUUCUAGGAAGCAUUGCCCAGACUAUCGCCGCCUUCUCGCCUUCCAGUCGUCUGUCGAUCAUCGGGACGUUACAGACCGUGGUGUUUACCUCGGAGUGCUUUUGGAGUUCGCGCUUGCUGCUCGCUCAGCAGCUGGAGGCGCUUUUUCUUCUUCACGAUCCUCAGCUGCGUCCGCAUCUUCUCUCUCUCGCUUUUACACUCCUUCAGGACUCGACAGCCAUCGUGAGGAAGGCGGCAUGCCGCUGUACGCCGGCUCUCCUUUCUUCGUGCUGCCGAGACGUUUUCGCUGCGAUUCCGGCGGAGCCUCUCCCGCGUUUUGUGCAUGAGCUGUCUAGACAGCGGAAGGCGGUCCGCGAGCGAGAAGAGCGAGAAGCGCUCCGCGUUUCGAAGAGCACGAGACGUUUUCAGAGAGAGCCGGCAGAGGAAACAGAGAGAACGGAGAGAACGGAUGCGCGAGGAGGACCCGAGCGCCAGGCCGCUGAGGAGGCAAAAACUCCGCAGGGAGACGAAGAAGGAAGGACAGAAGUCGGAGACAGAGAAAGGACAGAGGCCGAACUUCAAAGCCUCCUCACUCGAGGUGAUCAAGUGAACGUCAUCUGCGAUAUCCUGGAGACAUUUGCCGAGAGCCCACGAUUUGCGAUUCGUCAGUUGUUCAUUCAUAUGGCGGACCAAAUCAUCAGGCACUGUCCCCGGAGUCUGUUUGAGCUUUACUUCAUGCGCGCGCUCGCGUACCUGUCGAGCGACCGAGUGGCGAACGUGAGGUUGACUUGGGCCAAGCUGCUAUUGCCGCAUCUGCGCAAGCCAAAUGGCAAACUGAAGGACAAUUGUUUGCUCGUCUGUGCUGCGAAGAGCCUGCGAAAGACAGAGAGAGACCGAGAAACGCGGUUGCUUCUCGGCAGCUGCGCCCUCGCUGAGGACGAAGACCUCCGGAUGGUCGACGGGUGGGAGCUCCGGGAUUUCGACCGCGGCAACUUCCGCUGCAGAAGCCAAGGGAGCAGCACGACGGACCUCGACUUGGCGCGAAACGCGCGAGCCACACAGCGUUGCUCGCUUUUGCCUGAUGCUGUCGGCGAUGCGGCAGAGGCGUUGGUCGGUCGCAGAGAGACGGAAGGAACCUACAGUGGAAGGAGAGAGCGCAAUCCCGAGAAGGAGCUCGGGGACGUCUCUGCGAGAAGAACGGCCGCGUCAGAAGCUGAGGUCGUGUCAGGAGACAGUGACACCGAGGCGGGUGACUCUGGGGAGACGCGUGUCUCUCAAGAGGAGACACGGCAGGUUUUGACUGUCUCUGAAAAGCAUGUCGAAGCAACCAGGGCCUCCGAAUCGUCUGUAGGGAGACAGCUGUCCCCACAAGAACGGCCAGAGAGAGGCCGAGAAACUCGAGAGGGCGAGGAAGCGAUUUCAGCGUCUCUCGAGAAGGAAGAGAUACAGACGGCCGCGGCCCAGCUGUUGGUUCUGGGGAUCGAAGCCAAGGCCUCCCUGGGCGGGGAUCGGCCGCGGGGCCCAACUCGCUUAAAGGGGAGUGUUGACAGCUUAGACCCAGGGGGACUUGAGGCGCUCAGCGCGACAGGGGAAGUCUUGCAGGGCGGAGAACGCGAAGCAGAGAAACACGAAGGUGAAGCGAGAGAUGUAGACGAAGUGUGUGCUCUUACCGAGUUUCUUUUGGAAGAAGAAAAGGUUUUUUCGCAUGCAGGACGCGACAGUGCCCUCGCUGGGUGGGAGGGGACCCUGAAAGAGGCCACCAACGCAGAGUUUCGGGCGGCAGUCGCCGCAGCACAAGAGUUGACGGAAAGGGAAAGUAAAGCCUCAAGAGGAAGAGAAGCGCAGGUUUCAUCCGCGAGAGAAGAGAAAGCCUCAACGGGAGAAGAGAAGCCUCGAGAACGUAGCGAGUCCGAGGCGGUGUUGUCCUUGGGAGGGCGCUCGUCUCCGUUGUCCGAUUCAGAGGCCCGCGAAACAGGAGAUUCGCCGGUCCGUAGUUCGAGUUCUCGAUCGCCGGUUUCGCUCGAAAGUUGCUCGCGAAUUUCGCCUUCGUCCCCGACUUUGUCUCCGGUGUGGAGAGCGAAGGAGGAAACGGGGCGUGUCUUAGUUGUAGAAGAGAGCACAUUUAGAGACAAGACAGAAGACACACUUGACGCCAUCUACGGCAUGCCUAGAAGUCCGCAAAUCGUUCCCGCAGGGAUCCUUGGCGUGGAAGACACGGCCGUAGGCAGAGGUUCGUACUGGGGUAUGGAUUCGGAAGAGCUGAAGAGCGCAGCCUCUGCAGAUGUCUCUGCUGUCGAGGCAGUCGAGGCCUUUUGGGGUCGACCGAGCGAUGAAGAGGGUGCUCGAGAAGCGAGUGGAGACGAAUACAAAAGGGAUGGAAACUGGGAAGCCAAAGCGACGGCCGGUUGUGAAGCGAGGACAAGAGUGCCGGGGAAAAAGGACUCGAUAAGUCGAUGUCCAGAAGAAGUGUCAAGGAAACCUCUCUAAACAGCGUACCUGUGGCUGCAUAGAGGCGGAGAGAAUACUGCGAACGAGGAAUGCCCAAGUAUCAGAAGGGAGCAGGGAAACAGACGACACCAGAACAGCGUGGAGAGUCCAAGACGAAGGAUGCUCUGCAAAGAGAAGGGCGCUGAAGGGAGCAACAGGACGGGGAAAGAGCGAGAAUGCGCGAAGGUGGUAAGAGAGGCAGAUGAUUAAUGGACAGCAAGAAAGCCAUGAGGUAAGAAGGACUAAAAGACGGCAAAAAGUGUGUGAGGUGCAGGGGGGAAGCGGAAUGUGAGGACGAGGCAAACACGUAGAUUAACAGACACCGGAAGUUCUUCAGAGGGCAAGGAUGCGUGACCGAUGAGGGAUAGACACAGAAGAGGAAGACGAAUAGAGGAUGAGACGUCUGAGGGACAGAAAAACUCAUCUGGGGUCGUAACCGGAAACGGACAAAGGUUUCAAGAACAUUUUCAAUCGAACGAGGAACAGAGAUGUGAAAGGCCGCUUAUUGUGCCGAGAAAUGCCACAGGAUCAGGCACGAGUCACUUCUGACGGCACACGUAUCGGAAGCAGAGUGGUAG